AGAUUCAGAUUCUUUUUCUGGGGGUCUUCUCCUGAUUAAAGCCUGUGUAUAUAUGUGUGAAAUCAAAAACCUGUUAACCUUGGCCCUUGUAUAAGAACGAAAUUCAUUUUUCUUCUGCUCACUUCUUCUUGCUGAUAAAUUUUAGUAGCUGCAACUGAAAAUGAAGGCUUUCCUUAUCGCAACUGUGGCCCUCUGCUGCCUCGCUGGUGUUUUCGCUAAGACUGCAUGCGAAGAACAUCGUGAAAGGGAACAGAAAUCCAACACCAAAGUCAAACUAGUCCCCAAAUGCACACCAGAAGGUGACUAUGAAGCCCUCCAAUGCUUCGAAGGUUCCAAAUUCUGCAUGUGCUGGAGACCAGAUGGUAGCCACAUUGUUGACCCUUCAUUGAAGGUCAAGUCCUGUGUGUGCCACGUUCACAAGGACAGGGAACUUCAGAAAUCUUCUAAAGGAAUGGUUGGCAAUUUCAUUCCCCAAUGCAAUGAUGAUGGAACCUAUGCUCGAAAACAGUGCCAUGGAUCCACUGGUUUCUGCUGGUGCGCUGAUGAAGCAGGCAAGAAAGUAUCCGAAUCUGUAAGAGGAGAUCCCAACUGUUAAUCAAUUUUGUACAUAGAUCAUCAAAUAAAUUCAUACUGGAUGCUCUA